GCUCAAGGAAAAAAUCAAAAGCAAACAAACCAGCAAACAGUGAUUAAAAAAACCAGAGAGACAACCCAAAACCUAGAAAAAAAUCAUGGGAAACCCUAAAGUUUUCUUCGACAUGACCAUCGGUGGAAAUCCUGCCGGACGGAUCGUCAUGGAGCUGUACGAAGACUGUGUUCCUCGUACUGCUGAGAAUUUCAGAGCUCUUUGUACCGGCGAGAAGGGUGUUGGUAAGAGUGGUAAACCACUACACUACAAAGGAUCUAGUUUCCACAGAGUGAUUCCUGGAUUCAUGUGUCAAGGAGGUGAUUUCACUGCUGGGAAUGGUACCGGUGGUGAAUCAAUCUAUGGUUCUAAGUUUGCUGAUGAGAACUUCCAGAAGAAGCAUACUGGUCCUGGAAUUUUAUCCAUGGCUAACGCUGGUCCUGGAACUAAUGGAUCUCAGUUUUUCAUCUGUACUGAGAAGACUGCCUGGUUAGAUGGUAAACAUGUCGUUUUUGGACAAGUUGUUGAAGGUAUGGAUGUUGUUAGAGCUAUUGAGAAGGUUGGAUCUGGCAGUGGAAAGUGCGCCAAGCCAGUCGUUGUUGCCGAUUGUGGUCAGCUUUAAUUUUACUCUCAGAGAAUGAUAAUAAUAAUCUAGGGUUUGGGAUUUAGGGAGUUUGAUCCUGGGGAUCAUGAGGUUCUAUCUGUUUUUCUUUUUCUAGGGUUUUUAUCUUUUGAUGUGUUUUACUAGCGUUAAUUUCCUCAGGUGGGUGGUGGUGGUGGUGGUGGUGUGGGUCUAUUUUCUUUGUUAAUGGGAUGUGAAUGCUUAAUGAUGAUGAACUAUUUUCUAUAAAUAACUUUGGAUUUUA